CGCGCGCGGCAGGAACAGGAAGUGCUCCGCGUAGGCCGCGACCAGUAGGCGGCCGCCGGCGGCGUACGAACGACCCCAUCAGAUUACUCCUGCUUUCCGAGAAACUCAUCAGAUACUACCAUCAGAUCGAGUUCGAGGCGCUUUCCACGAAAAUGCACAUUAUCGAUCCGAGUUCGAGGAGAUCGCCAUUGCACCUUCUCUAUAUAAACUCCUACAUCUUCUAAUUAACCCAGCUUCCUAUCCCAGUACGAUCGAUUAAAACCCGCGAUUAAUCACAAAUCACUAAACCCUCGCCGCCGCCGCCGCCGCCUCCGAUGGCCGCCACCCGCCGCCAGCGGAAGCUCCCGCUCCUCCUCGCCCUGCUGCUCGCCGCGGCGGUGCUCACGCAGCCCGCGCUCGCCGCGUCCGGCGGCGCCAUGGGCGGCCGCGUCUCCUCCUCCUCGAGAUCCAAUUCCAAAUCCACCCGCUCCUCCUCCUCCCCUUCUUCCAGAUCGCACUCGAAAUCGUACCACCGCUCGUACCACUACUCGACGAGCCACGUGUCGGUCGUCGACACGCCGCCGGCGCCUCCUAGCGCCGCGGACGACGAGGGCUCGUGCUUCUGCUGGUUGGUGGGCGCCGCCAUCGUCCUCGUCCUGCUGGGGGUCACCGUGUGGCUAUGCUACCACGACUUCACUCAUCCCAGGAUGACCAUCGUUAAGCUCCAGGUUGCGUUGCUGGGGUACGCGGAACCGUUCCAGCAGGAGCUGAACUUCAUUGCUGAGAGCGUGGAUUCUUCUGACCAGCGCCGGUAUAAGUACAUAUUGACGGAGACCAUAUGCUCGUUGAGCCGUCACAGGGAUUGCUGCGUCUCUUCAAGCGUGUCGGUUGAUUUGAUGUAUGAAGAGGAUUCUUGGGAGGACCAUUUUGAUAUCAUUUCUAUCAAGGAAAGGAGCAAAUUUGACGGGGAAACACUGUACAACAUGGAAGGAAUCAGGAGGAAGAAAGACUGCUACAAGAAGAAAAUUGGCUCCAGGAACGAAUUUAUAGUGGUAACCAUCCUAGUCGCUGCUGAUGGAGCACUAGAGUUCCCAGAAAUCACAAGACCCGCAGAUCUGGAAGAAGUAGCGAGAAAGCUCUUCUUUAUACCUGAAGGAGAUAUUCGGGGCAUUCAUGUUUUAUGGACUCCUCAAGAAAAGAACGACGUGCUUACCGAAGAGAAGUUUCUCGCAGAUUAUCCUCAUCUGACGCCCUGUUAUGACUAGGACCACGGUCUAUUCUUGAAUGCCACGGUAUAAAGAUAGCCAGAAGACAAAGUGUAAAAAGGAUAGGAUAGCCCCCCGGCAUUUCGAAAUGACUGUCUUCAAACGAGAUCAUUUAGGGCUAGGCUGCAAAUUUAGUUGUUGCGGCUGGCUGGUAAUUGGUGAAUCUUCUAACUGUUCUGUAUAUGGUUUUAUGCCUAGUCAUCAAUGAAUUCUUACUGAUCAUGGUAUCCAGGUCUCAAAUUGUGUAUGGACACAAUAAUAUGUGCAAUGUACCUUCCUAAUACAGAUUACUCUACUUGUCAA